CGCUCUCUCACUCGCCGGCUUUAAAGUCUCUGCCAGGAUCCAUGCUCACAUGUUACUUCCUGUAUGGAGGCAUGGCCAGUUUCCAGCCCCGCGCUCUCCGUUCCUCCCCAGCUUGCACCGGAGCCACAACUUUCAGGAGCAUGGACUGAAGGCGCCCCGGCCCCAGCGUUCCUCUGAGAUCCUUUGUGUUUUCCUCCUGCCGUUUCUAUUUUGGGGGGGCUCUUCGCUCUUGCUCUCUCCCUUCUCUCCUUCUUGAACGGAAAGCAGCCCUUCUCCGCCGAGGAUCGUCCCCCGCGUGGCUCCGCGUUCCGGUCACUUUCUGAGGUUUUUUCUUGGGGACACUUGGCUUCCCGGAUUCCAGAGGGACUCGGACCGCCGAGCGUCGGGGGCCCGUAGAACGGGCGAGCAGGGGAAGAGCCCGGGUUUAGUGGAGGCUCACACGGAGGCGAGAACUUAUUCAACAAGUUUACCCCCCUGCCAUCCUCUUUUCGAUGUGCGUUUUCGGACAUGCGGAGGUUACUGGAACCGUGUUGGUGGAUUUUGUUCCUGAAAAUCACCAGUUCCGUGCUCCAUUAUGUCGUGUGCUUCCCGGCAUUGACCGAAGGCUACGUCGGGUCCCUUCAGGACAGCAGACACAGCAGCUCCUCACAGAUCCGCAGGCGCAAGGCCUCUGGGGACCCGUACUGGGCCUACUCCGGUGCCUAUGGGCCUGAGCACUGGGUGACGUCUAGUGUCAGCUGCGGGGGCCACCACCAGUCUCCCAUAGACAUUUUAGACCAGCAUGCUCGUGUCGGCGAGGAGUACCAAGAGCUGCAACUUGAUGGCUUCGACAAUGAGUCUUCUAACAAAACCUGGAUGAAGAACACAGGGAAAACAGUUGCCAUCCUUCUGAAAGACGACUAUUUCGUCAGCGGCGCUGGCCUGCCUGGCAGAUUCAAAGCGGAGAAGGUGGAGUUUCACUGGGGCCACAGCAAUGGCUCUGCGGGCUCGGAGCACAGCAUCAAUGGCAGGCGCUUCCCUGUGGAGAUGCAGCUUUUCUUUUACAAUCCAGACGACUUUGACAGCUUUCAAACUGCCAUUUCUGAAAACAGAAUAAUCGGAGCCAUGGCCAUAUUUUUCCAAGUCAGUCCAAGGGACAAUUCUGCGCUGGAUCCUAUUAUCCAUGGGUUGAAGGGCGUCGUACAUCAUGAGAAGGAGACCUUCCUGGAUCCUUUCGUCCUCCGGGACCUCCUGCCUGCAUCCCUGGGCAGCUAUUACCGGUACACGGGUUCUCUGACCACCCCUCCGUGUAGCGAAAUUGUGGAGUGGAUAGUCUUCCGGAAGCCCGUCCCCAUCUCUUACCACCAGCUCGAGGCUUUCUAUUCUAUCUUCACCACGGAGCAGCAAGACCACGUGAAGUCAGUGGAGUAUCUGAGAAAUAACUUCCGACCACAGCAGGGUCUGAACGGCAGGGUGGUGUCCAAGUCCGCCGUCCGCGACGCCUGGAACCAUGACAUGACAGACUUCCUGGAUAACCCACUGGGGACGGAAGCCUCUAAAGUCUGCAGCUCCCCGCCCAUCCACAUGAAGGUGCAGCCCCUGAACCAGACGGCGCUGCAGGUGUCCUGGAGCCAGCCCGAGACCAUCUACCACCCGCCCAUCAUGAACUACAUGAUCUCCUACAGCUGGACCAAGAACGAGGACGAGAAGGAGAAGACCUUCACGAAGGACAGCGACAAAGACCUGAAAGCCACCAUUAGCCAUGUCUCACCUGAUAGCCUUUACCUGUUCCGCGUCCAGGCCGUGUGCCGGAACGACAUGCGCAGCGACUUCAGCCAGACGAUGCUCUUUCAAGCUAAUACCACUCGAAUAUUCCAAGGGACCAGAAUUGUGAAAACAGGAGUGGACACCGAGGCUCCGUGGGUUGUGGUGAUGUGCCCAGCAUCACCCGGAGAGCGCGAGUGGUCUUCGCUCAGCCGGGGCUGCCUGACUUCAUUGAUUGAGUGCCCCCUUGUGUGUGGCAUCGGGCAUUUCAUUAACCAACUUAAGAACGCUACAUUUGCUAACUUGAUCCUCUUGGAACUACAGAGUUUUCUAAUUAAAACCUCUCGAUAAAACGAUAAAAUCUAAGG